CGCUUGUCCCCGCCCUCGGCCCGGAAGUGCUUAUUCGGGAAGAUGGCAGCUGUGUCGGUGUAUCAGCGACCGGUUGGAGGUUUUUCUUUUGAUAACUGCCGCAGGAAUGCCGUCUUGGAAGCCGAGUUUGCAAAGAAAGGUUACAAGCUUCCAGCUGCCCGGAAAACUGGAACGACCAUCGCGGGGGUGGUUUAUAAGGAUGGCAUAGUUCUUGGCGCAGAUACAAGGGCAACUGAAGGAAUGGUUGUUGCUGACAAGAACUGUUCAAAAAUACACUUCAUAUCUCCUAACAUUUAUUGUUGUGGUGCUGGGACAGCUGCAGACACAGACAUGACAACCCAGCUUAUUUCUUCCAACUUGGAACUCCACUCCCUCUCCACUGGCCGCCUUCCCAGAGUUGUGACAGCCAAUCGGAUGCUGAAGCAGAUGCUUUUCAGGUAUCAAGGUUACAUUGGUGCAGCCCUAGUUUUAGGGGGAGUAGAUGUUACUGGACCUCACCUCUACAGCAUCUAUCCUCAUGGAUCAACUGAUAAAUUGCCUUAUGUCACCAUGGGUUCUGGUUCCUUGGCAGCAAUGGCUGUAUUUGAAGAUAAAUUUAGGCCAGAUAUGGAGGAGGAGGAAGCCAAGAAGCUGGUGAGUGAAGCCAUUGCAGCGGGCAUCUUUAAUGACCUGGGGUCUGGAAGCAACAUUGAUCUCUGUGUCAUCAGCAAGAGCAAGUUGGAUUUUCUCCGCCCAUUCUCAGUGCCCAAUAAGAAGGGCAGCAGGUUUGGCAGGUACCGGUGUGAGAAGGGGACUACCGCCGUCCUCACCGAGAAAGUCACUGCCCUGGAAAUUGAGGUCCUGGAAGAGACGGUCCAAACAAUGGACACUUCUUGAGUGGUGCCUGAGACGGCUGGCUGGCUAUCAUUCUAGAAAACUGGGGGCAUCAGAGGGUCCCCUCCCCGUAAGACAUUUGGCCAGUGUUUGCUGAAUGAAACUCAAUAAAAACAGAAAACCAAAU